AUGAUGCGGAAAUUCCACUACGCGCCGGCGUCAGUACGAGGAAAGCCAAAAGAGAAGCACGAAAAGAGGUUCGGGGAAGGCUUCGAGAUGGGAGGGACAUGGUCCAACCUGAAGACAUCUUCUGGGACAGCUGAUGUGGAGAACACAUUUUACGCAACGAAACAUUCGAAUCCUGAGUUGGUCAAUACUACUGCUCCCAACACGGCUGUCCAAGAUGUUGCGGGCGCCUUGUUCUUGAUCGAAGGUCUAUUAAACCGCCAGUUGAUGCCGUAUUCUCAUGAAACCUUUACGCUCUGGAUGAUAUGCAAUCAUCAGUCGGCCAACGAUGGUCUCGAUGAGCUCGGAACCGGCCAACACGACAAGGAUUUGUUUGACGCCAUGAUUAGUUCCCUCGGCGCCGUCCCCGGCCGUGAAAGUGGCUUUAUCGAGGUACUCUGCUGGUAUGCGCUGGGGGUACACUCCAUGGCUGGAACUUUCGAGCUUGUCGGGAUAUACAAGCUUGGUGGAUGCUAA